AUGGAUGAUAUACAAAAGUUGAUUUGGAACGGUCAACUAAAUAUUGAAAUCACUUUGAGCCAAGACUUGGCAAUAGCCAAUCUAACUCGUGAAGCACGUCAAAUUAAUUUCAAAAUACCAAGAAAUGCAUACAUUAUAAGCUAUUUGCCAUUUAUUUUGAUGAAAUUUGAAAGUAUACUGAAACGAAAAAUAACAAAUUAUGAUGAUUUAUGCAAUUGGUGGUUUAGCGCUGAACAGCAAUCAAACAGUGAACUCAAAGAUUUUACCGAAACGCCUUUAAUGUGGAAUUAUCCUAUAGGUGUUUCAUAUGAUGCAUUAUCCAGUAAUUUUACACGGGAGACCAUCAACAAAAUAAAUAACACAUCGAACAUCAUUAAUGUUUGGAAAUUAACAUUAUAUAAGACAGAAAAAUAUCCUACUAAUACAAUAUUGCCUAUAUAUACUGGAAUGGAGGAAGUAAGACAACAAUUUAUGCAUCAAUGGAAGCAAGCCUGCUACAUAAUGCAUGGGUCAGCAAAGCUGUUUAUGUCUUUAUCCUUACAAGAAACAACGAUACUAUGGGAUUCUAUUGUUGAAAAUGAUCAUGAAAAAUUUUUAAAGGUUCAGAAAAAAAUCGUACCGGUACAAUUUACAAGAAACAUACCACUUAGGAUCCAUACUGGUGUUCAAGUUGUACAACCGGUUUGUAGAAGUGACAAAAGCUUAAAAAAUGUUCUAAAAAUUGAAUUCAACGAAGAAAUAACACGCGUAGUAGUUCAAGGUAUUGAGAUAUCUACUAAUUAUAAUGCAAGUGAUUUAUAUUGUAGAUUUUAUAGCUUUGAUGGAUUUUUAUACGUUAGCAUAAUAAAAAAUUAA